AUGUAAGAGACACCGACUCCUGAAAUAACUGAUGAAUAAGUCUAAUAGUUCCAAAAAGAUCACUUUUUUGAACAUGAAAUAAAAGGCGAGACUCUACAGGGCUUGGCUAUUAAAUAUAAUAUUACUCCGGAAUCUAUUCGAAAAUUUAACAAUCUCACAACAAAUGAAAUUUAUCAUCUCAAAUCAAUUAUAAUUCCAAAUUAGUCCUCUUACGAAUAUUAAUAAAAAGAAAUGGAUUAAAAUUCUAUCCAUAAAAUAUUUCUGUUGCAGUAUAUGAUGAAAAGCAUUCUGGACCCCACUGAUAGUAGUGAAAAAGUAGCAAAGUAUUACUUAGAAGUUGCAGAUUGGGAUUUAAUUAAGGCAAUAAAAGAAUAUAAGGAAGAUAGAGAAUUUGAUAAAUGA